GCUUUUAACGUAAAAAAAAAUAAAUAAAAAACAGUUCCAAACUUAUAGUCAUCCAACAUGGAAAAAAUAACUUCUCUCAAAUAUUUUCCAGUAUUUUUAUCGUUUCCACCGAAGUAAUCGAAUUGUAUCAUCUCUUAUCAACGCCGUUUAAAUUUUCUAUUCAGCUGCGAUAUUUAAAAUAUCAGCUGUUUAGAAAAUGACAGAUUGAUAAUUUUUACUACGAAAAGAACGAGGAAUUUUAAAAUACGUGUAAAACUUUGAUCCUGGUGGAAAUAACAUUAUUAUUAACAAGAGAGGCAACAAUCUUCAUAUGGAUUUGUUGCUUCUCCCAUUCGUUAUAAUCCAAAGCUGGCUGUGUUGUAGAGUUUCCUAAAUAAAAACGUGACGUAUUUUUAUGUGACAAAGUAAGGCAAAAGGAGGCAAGUUAUCAAAGGGAUUGUUCCGACCUGAUUUACGACUACAAUACUAAAUUCGGGCAUGCUUAGUACAUAACAACUGCUAACUUAUUCGUUAAAGCAGUGUAUGCAAAGCAUAAUCAGAAAGUUUUGCACCUGUCCCCUCGUAUCAGUAUCACAAGCCUUUUCACCGUCAUCAAAUGUUGAAAAUAAGUUGACAGUCCAGUUAAAGAGUAACACAUAACAAACAUAAUAGAAAAUAAAUAUUUGGAUAAACGUAUUAUUUACAUGUGUAAUACAAAAUGAACAACGAAUCAAAGCUGAGGGAUGUCAGUAGCGAGGCAUUAGCAACAACUCCACACAUAUAUACCAAGUCGCUAUUAACCGCUUUCGACUGGAAAGAGUUUGCAUGCGGGUGUGGGGCAGCUUUCAUAAAUAUAGGUGUUACUUAUCCUAUUUAUAAAAUGAUCUUUCGCCAAAUGCUCCAUGGUGUGCCAAUAACAUCUGCUUUCGGUCAAUUACGACAUGAAGGCUUGGGAUUUCUCUAUCGUGGUAUAUUCCCGCCAAUGGCACAAAAAACAAUCUCUUUGUCUAUUAUGUUUGGUGUAUUUGAUGGUUCACGCAGAUAUUUAAUUGACAACUUUAAUAUGAACGCGUAUACGGUUAAAAUCAUAGCUGGUAUUUCCUCAGGCACAGUUGAGGCUGUACUUCUUCCUUUCGAAAGAAUACAAACAUUGUUAGCACACUCGAAGUACCAUGCCUAUUUCGCUAAUACCCCGCGGGCCUUCAAUUAUGUACUAGUACAUCAUGGAUUUUCAGAAUUAUAUAGAGGUAUUGUACCGGUGCUUUGGCGAAAUGGACCAUCGAAUGCCAUGUUCUUUAUGCUUCGUGAAGAAGUGUCAUUAUACCUUCCGGCGACUACUUCUAAAGCAACUAAAGCAGCACAAGAAUUUGUAGCAGGUGCAAUUAUUGGAGCGUCAAUUAGCACAAUUUUUUAUCCUCUAAAUGUUAUAAAAGUGGCGAUGCAAAGUGAAAUGGGUCAAAAAACAGAAUCAAUGUGGACAAUAUGCCAACGAAUAUACUUUGAGCGAGGAAAUCGUAUAAAAUAUUUCUACAGAGGAUGUGGUUUUAACUCUUUUCGUUCCUUUAUUAGUUGGGGAAUUAUGAAUACUGCUUACGAAAAUUUGAAGAAAAUUAUGUCAUAAAAAUGUUAAUGUUGCUGAAUGGAUUUCAGCAGCCGAUUAUAGCGCACAUGGAAUGUCCGUUUUGUGACAGUGUUGCAGUAGACUGAAUCGAGCCGAACGACGCUGGUACUUGGUACAUUUAUGUACUUUCAGGGUUGUGCAAUAUCGUACUGAAACCAAACUGGAAGUUUUGUUAGUUUUUGUAUAUAUGAAAUAAGAAUUAGUGUUUUGAAAUGUGUUACUAGCUAAAAUUCUGUAAAUCCUCUGUAAAUUUAAGUAAAAUUAAAUUUCAUUUAAUGAAUUCUUUUAUAAACUGCCCUUAAAACA